AUGAUCAUGUCACUGACGGUUGAAGUAAGCCUUUUCAGCGGCAAGACUGUGUCACUUCAGACAGACGAGGACGAAUGCGUGGCAUCGCUGAGGGUGCGUGCGCAGAAAACCCUGGGAGCCGGCAAAGGUCGGCUCGUGGACUCCACAAGAAGUGUUCUUGAUGAAGGAGUGCCGCUAAAGAAGGCAAGGCUGCAAUAUAAGGAGCCACUAACUUUGCAGGUUCGAAGGGUCGAUAUAUGCGGCGCAGCGGCGGCCUUUGCCGCGAUCCUGGGGGAUAGCUCCGUCGUGACCUGGGGCGAUGAUGAGUGUGGUGGUGACAGCAGUGAGGUGCGAGAUCGGCUGAAGAAUGUGCAGCAGAUUCAAGCAACUGAUGAGGCCUUUGCUGCGAUUCUUGGGGACGGCUCCGUCGUGACCUGGGGUGCUGCUGGUGGUGACAGCAGUGCAGUGCGAGAUCAGCUGAAGAAUGUGCAGCAGAUUCAAGCAACUUGGUAUGCCUUUGCUGCGAUCCGUGGCGAUGGCUCCGUCGUGACCUGGGGCGAU